AUGGGUAACAGCUUCAGUAGCGUCAGCAGCAAGAAGUGGAAGAAGGAGAUCCCGAACGCGGAGUCCUCGAGGAUCCUGUUCCUCUUGUACCUCAUCCACAGAACCUGGCAUGUGGUUGUCGAGCAUAUGGAUUCAAAGAGCUUGAAUUCCAAAAGAGGUCGUACUUCAAACACAGCACCAACAACAGAUGAAGGUCCAAGAUUCGAUUCCAUGAGCUUGGAGUCCGGUUCGUGUUACUCGGCCUGCAGCUGCAGUUAUUGCAGACUUCGGAACUGCACCAACGAUUGUAUCAGGUGA